GAUUAUUUGAGAAAGAGAGAGAGAGAGAGGGAGACUUGGGGCCUAAGUUUAGUAAUCUUUUUAUGAUGAGUUAAGUUUAGUAAUCUAUCAGAGAUUUAUAAGAAAAACCCUCUUCUCGACGGUCCGCGAGUUUUCUGCAUUCGCAAACUCUGGUGCUGAGUUUAACGUUCUUUUCGAUAACUGUUUUUAUUCCUUACACUGCACUUUUGAUUGACGUACAAGCACUUGAAUUCGAUUGAGGGGGAAGGUGCGUUGUAAUAUUUUGGGUACUGAUUAAUCGGGCUAAUUGGAUUGAGCGAGUCUUUUGAAGGAUAAUUCAAGAGAUAUGGCAAUGAUAACUGAUGGACAGAGGCACAAAAAUGGUUUUGAGGACAAUGGAAUAGAGUUUAGGCCAUGGUCUGAUCUUCCCAUUGAUAUUUUAGAUAUAAUUGCCAGACAACUUGAUAUUGUUGACCAUGUAUCUUUUCGUGCUGCCUGUAAGAAUUGGCGAGAAAUUCAGGUGCUUCCACUUGUCAAAUCACCAUGGAUAAUGGGACACUGUUGGGCUAUGGACGAAAAUGUCUACAGUUUAUGCAGCUUCUCCCUCCUAACUGCCAAAUGGAGUCAUGUUACCCGUAACAAAUUUGAGAGAGAAGGGUUUAGGGAUUUAUAUGGUGCAGCCAUAUGUGCUUCAAAACAUGGCUGGUUGCUUCUACAGAAAUCUAACUUGUCGUUCUUCUACAAUCCUUCUACCAACAGUAUAAUCAAACUACCCGAUCUUAACAUCAGCUUCAAUCGAACAACAUUCUCCUCUGUUCCAUCUUCUCCAGAUUGUUUUUGCUUUGCAAUACAAAGUUCCAAAGACAGUAUAAAAAUCUACAUACACGUGUGUCAGCCUAGCGACCAUAAAUGGAAAACAUUUGAGUCGAAUGGUAUUGGGAAGGCAGUUGAGGACGUGGUUUACAGUAAUGGAGCUUUUUAUUGUGUCUUUAGUGGAGGAGUGUUGGGGGCCUUUGAUCUUGCAGGCUGUGAAUGGAGUUUUCUGAAUAUAUUAUCGAUUCCGGAGGCCUCGUUUUGGUUUAGGGCGCAUAUGAUUGAGUCUCAUGGGCAGCUCUGGUUGGUGUGUCCUUCUAACUGCUUUGAAGUUUUUAAAUUCAACUGGUUAUCACAGAUUUGGGUGAAGACACGUACAUUGGGAUGUCAAGCUUUAUUUCUUGGCUGUACCUCAUUCUUGGUUUCAGCGGAAGGCGAAACUUCCAGUUUUGCAGAUAAGAUUUAUUAUCAUUCUAAUUCUUUCAGUUACUAUUAUUCAAUGGAGACGAAACUGAGUUAUCGAUGUGAGACUACUCCAACUCGAUGGGGGACUGAGAGAAUUUGGAUUCAGCCUCCUGAGCUGGUCUAGCCAUUUAGCUGUCUUUCUGGGCACUAAGAAAUAGUCCACUGUUUACUAUUUGAAUAAUGCCAUGUUCUUGUAUCAUCUAAGGUAUUUGCUUGCAUUACAGAUUUUGGAAUAGAGAACUAUAAAUAUAAGAUUCGUAGAUGAAGGAUUUAUACAUAUUAUCCUGUGGGGUUUGUAAUCGGUCUGUCACGAUCAUCAUGUUCUUCUAUCAAAUAUAUUUUGAGAAUGUGUUUACUAAUUGUCUAGUACUGAUUGCUUGUAAAGCAACA